AUGUCGAAGGAGUCCAAUAUUGAGGCUUGGAUUCGAGUUAUGAAUCAGGGUACAAUUCUCUCUAAUCUCAAUGUCAAAGAAUUUGGGAAACUACUCAAGUUGUAUCCGAGAUUCGUUGCGACUGGAAUGGAAUCUCUCGACAAGUUGCGUUUCCGGGGUAUAACUCCCCUUGAAGCACACCACAUUCAGGAAGAAAACGAAGAAGGAGGAGAAGAAGAUGACAAAGAAGAAAACGACGAAGAAGACGACGACGACGAAGAAGAAGAAGAGAAGUUUCAAGUUGACCUGCGUCGAACCAUCAUCCAUCUCAGUCGCUGGCUUUAUAAACGCUGUCGCGGUGAUCAGCGAGAUGUCUGCAAGUCCCACCACAAGUACCUGAAGUCAUAUCUCUGUACAACAAUUGAGGCCGCUGUCAAGGAAGCCUUCAGACUUUUCGACGCGAACAAACAUGCUUGUGCCGUAUCUAAGCUUCAAAAGCUACUCGAAAAGAGCGAGGGACCCGAUUGUACGAAAUUUGAGUUUGCCAUCUUGAUCCUUUCCGCAAAGUACCCGAACCAGGUGCCAUACUGCUCACCGGAGCUGCAAAACUGCAUCACCAAGGAGUUGCCCAAAACCGUUGCCGACGAAGACAAGUGGGGAAAAGAAGAAUACGCUCGGAAUUACGCCCUAUUCCAGUCUAAUUGUGAUACAUUAAUGGACAACAUUCACAAGUCAGAACAAAAAACUACGCUCCAAGACGUCGAGAAGGUAGCGUAUGUGUUGGACCACUGGAGUGUCCUGAAAGGUAUUCGUACGCGGAGCAGAACGACACCUACAUUGACGACCUGGACUCUGAAGAUGACCAAGGGCAAGUAA